AUGCACCGGAUUAACUCGUGGGCGAAAGCUCACGCAUCUUCUCACGGCCUGCCCAACCAGACUCCGAACCAAACCCAGGUCACGAACGAGCUCUCUGAAGCCGAGGCAUCUACGGACCGCCCUCCUGUCUCCAAUGAUGUACAAGUGACUGGACCAACGGAGGGCCCUGCUCUGGCAGCAGGGCCCGCAGAGGAAGAAAAGAAAUCUCCGGGCCUCGUUACCCGUAUGCGAAAUGGGUCCGGCCGGUUCUACCACCAUACCAAGGAUGCUAUCUGCCACAGCUGGAUCAACAUCCUGCUGGUCUUCGUGCCAGUGGGUAUCGUCGCCAAGGCCGCUGGCCUAAGCCCGGCCAUCAUCUUUGCGAUGAAUGCCGUGGCUAUCAUCCCUCUGGCUGGACUGCUGAGCCAUGCGACCGAAAGUGUGGCCAGCCGCCUGGGCGACACCAUGGGCGCCCUGAUCAACGUCUCGUUCGGUAAUGCCGUCGAGCUAAUCAUCUUCAUUAUUGCGCUGGUCAAGAAUGAAAUUCGGAUUGUACAGGCUUCCCUGCUAGGCUCAAUCCUGGCGAAUCUGCUCCUGAUCAUGGGCAUGGCAUUUUUGCUGGGUGGUCUGCGCUUUCGAGAGCAGAUCUACAACAGCACCGUCACGCAGAUGAGUGCAUGCAUGCUCAGUUUGGCCGUGACAAGUCUGCUCCUGCCCACCGCUUUCCAUGCUUCGUUCUCGGACAGCGCAGAUGCCGACCGGAGUACACUGAAGGUCAGCCGUGGUACUAGUGUGGUUCUACUGCUUGUAUACGUCCUGUACAUUGUUUUCCAACUCAGAACACACUCCUACCUAUACGCCAGUAUCCCACAACGGAUUAUCGACGAGGAGUCGCACCCUGGUGUACUGGCGGAGUUUAUGAACAGUUCAUCAGACUCCUCCAGCAGCUCUAGUGACGAGUCUGUGGACACCACUACCUCAUGGACCACUGCCAAGCGUAUCAAGAGGGCCAUGAAGAAUCGCAGGCGUCGCAAGUCCAGCACCAGCUCCAAGGGAACCACCUCCCGCCAGUCGGCCCAGAAGAAGGUUAUAGCGAACGAAACCCAGAGCUCGGUUGGCAACUCGAUUGCCAGCAAUGACGCCAAUUCCUGUACCAUCGACCUUGGGGACGAAAUUCGCUAUGACGCCGAUGAUGACGUGCAACGGUCCUCCGAAUUCCGCUCUCGUGACUUUGGUAUCGCCUUGCAGCGUGUCGAGAGCACCCGCAGCGAAAAGCGGCGCAAGUCACGCAAGAAGCGCAGCUCCCAGAGAGACGAAAAGGCUCGCAGCCAGCCUCCCGAUCUGGCACAGCAGGCGCAUGAUUCCCGACCUUCAAUGAAGGGAUUCGCUUCUACGCCCACCUUCGCCGGCGUGGAGGGCGCUGGGGAAAUCGAGCAGAGGAGACGUUCACCCUUCGGCCCUAUUCCUUCUUUGCUGUCCAACACUGUCUUUAGCUCCCAGUCCCCUGCCCAUUCUCCCAGCAUGGGAGCUGCUGUUCCGCGUCCUGGUCUCUCUCGAAGUAACUCACUUCCUGCACGAGUCAGCCGCCAACCUCCCGUUGGCAAUGCUGUUCAGUUUGCCCGUGGUGCUGCUCGCGCAGCUGCCCCCAUUGACCCCGUGGCCCCUGAGGCUGUUGUCGCAGAAGCUGAACCGGAGAUGUCACGCACCGCCGCCGUGGUAAUGUUGCUCCUGUCUACCGGUCUUGUGGCCAUCUGUGCCGAGUUCCUGGUCGAUGCCAUCCCCGACAUGAUCCAAAACUCGCCCGUCAGUGAGGCCUUUAUUGGUUUGAUUAUUCUGCCCAUUGUCGGUAACGCGGCCGAGCAUGUUACCGCUGUAAGUGUGGCUACGAAGAAUAAGAUGGAUCUGUCGAUUGGCGUGUCUGUAGGAAGUAGCAUUCAGAUCGCAAUCUUCGUGACCCCACUUGUCGUCAUUCUGGGUUGGUGCAUGGACAAGGACAUGUCCCUGUACUUCACCCUGUUUGAGACCAUUUGCCUCUUUGUUACUGCCUUUGUGGUCAACUUCCUGGUUCUGGAUGGCCGAAGUAACUAUCUGGAGGGUGCACUUCUGAUUGCCGCUUACAUUAUCAUUGCACUGGCGGCCUUCUACUACCCGGGAGACGACGCUACUAGCACGCUGGCGGGCUCCUAA